UCCAAAGAAGCGCAUCUUGUCACUCAAACGCCACAAUCUCCAGAUCUAAGUCUCGCGACCACCACCCGUUCUUCGCGAUCCUGGGAUACCUGGAUUUCUUCCCCCAUUAUCGUAUAACCCCCAGAUUAGCGUACCCAAUUAUAUCUUAAAUAGGAGAGCGCGUUCCUACAGAAGUUCAAUGGGGCCAAACAGCCAACCUGGACUCGAUAGCUUAUCUACCAGUUUCCACUUCCACAUACCCUUGCAAUAUCGCUGCAGAAUGUCCCAAGUACAUCACGAGGUAGCCUACAAGCAGAACUUCUACUACAAGAGUCAGCUAUGCUUCCAUCCGAAAGGGACGUAUAUCACUAAACGAUAUCUACCUCUAGGUGUGAAUCUCAGUCCGCAGGAGCACGCCCAACAGAAGAUCGAUGGCCUGCGUGCUGCCUUCGUGGAGCUGGCCAGGCUCGACCCGAACGUGCGGUCGGUCCAGUAUGGGACGCGCGAGGAAGUCGGCGUGGGCAGUGACUGGGCGGUGGUGUUCACCGAAAAGGACUACGACCUGGCGGUGGUAUUCGAUGUUGCGAGAACCAAUCGAUGGACCCAUGUGCACACCAGAAAGGCGGGCUACGCUGUGAGUGUGACCGUCGUCGAGCACUGCACCCCCACGACCCGACACCCGGCCGAUACGCCACGGCAUCUGAUGCCAGCGCUGAUAUGAUCUGAGAUGUCUCGAUGCUCUCAUCGGUCGCGCUGUGUCGUGGACCUCCCACAACUUUGUUCAUUGAUCACCGCCUGACCGUCGAAAGCUCACUUCGGAGAAGCCGGAUCGCUUGAAGGCUACAGUCCUCCAGACACGGGUUGGAAUGUGGCCUCGUCUCGAGUUCGUGCGUUUAAUCCUUUAGGAGGCGGGCAUGGGUGGGAGGGGAG